GUGUGUGUGAGUUCAGAGAGUCGCGUGUGGGAUAUCCAGGGUGAUCCGAUGUAUGUGAACAGAGGGGUAACAGCAGGGAGUAGUUUGCAGGUUCCUGUUGAGACAGUGUACACCCAAACUCCGUCGCAGGUUGCAGUCACCACACAGCCUGCUGUCUCGCAGUCUGUGCACCCUCAGGGCACGCAGCCCCAACAGCUAGCACAGCAGCCUGUGUCACCGGGUCCACAGCCCGGAGUGGUGCAGGGACCGGGACAAACUCAGUGGGUUUCAAAGACGGCCAUCGCCGCUCCCAAAUCUUUUACAGGGGACAAGAGAGGCGAAGACCUCGACACAUGGUUGAGGUCAGUGCCAGUCUACGUUAGGUGCAAACUUACCUUGCCGCACGAAGAAGUGCUUGUGGCUGCAUCUUACCUAAAGGGUAGUGCAGCGAGAUGGUUGAGCGGUUUAGUGCAGCUCCAGGGAUAUGGUCAUGGCUUCCGCGCUUGGGCAGCCACCCAGAAACUGUAUGACUUCCUGAAGAUGGUGAAAGAGAGGUGGUGCGAUCCUCAGGAGGCUCAAAGGGCCACUGAUGCGAUCCUGACACUGCACACGAGGCAGUUUAAGUCAGUAAGGGAAGCCACCGACGCUGUUGAGCGUCUGAUCUGUGUCCCAGGGGUGCGCUAUGGCCCCCAGGUCCUGCUGACCUCGUACUUGAGAUGCUUUUCUCAGCUUCUCAGGAACCCGUUGGCAAAAGAGGCCAACAUCAAUAUGCACGACUUUCCUUCGUUCAGUAAGGUGGCCCUAGACCUUGAAGCUAAGAUAGGCCAUGGACAGGCACCCACUACGGAUGGGAGGAAGAAGACACUGCCUCCUAACUGGAAGGCGAAGGGUCGCAUCAUGUUUGUCGACAACGAUGGUUCAACCAUCAAGUUGGACGGCAACUUCCAGGAGGGAGUAGGUUCAGAGGCAGGUAGCGUAGAAGCUUCAGAGGGUGGAGUAGUCGUUGUCGUAACUCAGAAAGAUCAACGGGGAAAAGUGCGAGUUGGCCGCACCCGUGUCUUGUACUUGGGUCAUGAGAUCUCCGCGGAAGGGUUGAAACCUGAUGACGCGAAGGUGGCCAGCUUUCGUGAUUGGCCACGUCCUCAGUCUGUGACUGAGAUGAGAUGUUUCUUAGGGAUGACAGGCUACUACCGCACCUUUGUGAAGAACUAUAGCAUAGUGGCUGCCACUUUGACUGAUCUGACACGCCUAGACACCCCAUGGGAGUGGACCGACAAGUGCGAGGCUGCUUUCAGACAUUUGAAGCAUGUGUUGACGCACUAUGAGGUUCUGAAACUUCCCGAUCCUGAUAAGCCAUUUGUGGUUACCACGGAUGCCAGCCAAUAUGGCAUUGGCGCCGUGCUUGUGCAACAGGAGGGGCCAAAGUUUAGGCCAGUCGAGUACAUGUCUAAAAAGAUGUCGUCUCAGAAGUUGGCAAAGUCCACUUACGAGAAGGAACUCUACGUCGUGUACAAGGCUCUGACCCAUAGGAGACACUAUCUCCUUGGGAGGUUCUUCAUCCUCAGGACUGAUCAUCAGACCCUGAGAUGGAUGAGAACUCAGCAUGUACUUUCUGACGCCCUGAAGCGUUGGCUCGAAGUCAUUGAGCAGUAUGACUUCGACCCCCAGUACCUCAAAGGGGAGUACAACAAGGUGGCUGAUGCCUUGUCGCGUAGACCUGACCUCUCAGGUGCGCUGAUGACCGAGUUCGAUCUCACGGACGAUGUUACUCGCUCUUUGGUGGAUGCCUAUCGCGAGGAUCAGUGCAUGUCUGAGAUCAUACGCAGACUCGAGGCGAAGGACAAAAAGACUUCAGCCGAGUUUGAGUUGGUCAACGGCUUGCUGUUUCUUGAGAAGGCGGGAAUAAAAGAUUCUAAUCUGCUGCAGAGGUUCUGGUGGCCCACGAUGAUGAAAGAUGCCCAGUUGUACGUGGAGACUUGUCAGGUCUGUCAAAGGGACAAACCACGUACUUUGGCUCCUCUUGGGCUCCUGAAGCCCCUUCCGAUUCCGGAAAGGCCUGGUGAGAGUCUGUCCAUGGACUUCAUGGAUAAAUUAGUCACCAGCAAGAGUGGAAUGAGACAGAUCUUCGUUAUCGUGGAUAGGUUUAGUAAGUAUGCUAGAUUGAUAGCCAUGUCGAAAACAACAAAGACCGAGUAUGUCGUUAAGUUAUUCAAGGAGAAUUGGGUUAGAGACUUCGGUUUACCGAAGUCCAUUAUUAGUGGCAGGGAUGUCCGAUUUACUAGUGAGUUGUGGAAGGCAGUUGCCGCAGAACAAGGAACUCAGUUGCAGAUGACAUCUGGGAAUCACCCGGAAGCGAACGGCCAGGCCGAGCAACUGAACCGCGUUGUACAACACCUGUUGAGGCAUUAUAUUAAGCCCAAAGAGGUGGACUGGGACGAGAAGCUUGCUCUCGUCGCCAGCCUGGACAAUAACGCAGUGCACAGCGCUACAGGCGUAAGCCCAAACAGCUUACAAUUAACCUUCAAGCCUAGACUACCCCUAGACUUCCUUCUUCCUGAGAAUCAGACCACUGCUGCACCAGGCACUUCAGAAUAUGCUUAUCGCUAUGAAGAGAAGAUGCAGCAGGCAGUAGAGCAAAUGCAGAAGGCACAAGCGGCAAUGAUAGAAUCUGAGAAUAGACACCGCCGCCCUUCUAACUUUCAGGUUGGGGAAAGAGUCUUGGUUAAGUCCUCAGAACUGGGACCCUGGGAAGUCCUAGACACUGUUGGGACAGAUCUGGAUGGUCCAUCUUAUGUUAUCCGGAUCCCUGGUCAUCUCCGCACUUACCCAGUCUUUCACGCGUCUAAGCUUGCACCAUUCAAGGAUCGCGACACUCAAUGAUGCCCCCAACCAUGGACGAAGAAGUGGAUAUUGAUGAUAUUGUCGACCACAGGGAGCUGCCAGUUCAGAGACCUACAGGCAGGGGACGUC